AUGCACACGGACAUGACCACGGACAUGACCAUGGGCACGAUCACGAGCACGAUCACGGGCACGAUCACGGGCACGAUCACGGGCACGACACCGGGCUCGGGUAAUAGUUUCCGACGAAAAGCCCCAGAAGUUCUCCCGACUCUCCGCGAUCCGGCUCCUCGAUUCCCACCGUCGCGGUUCUCGGCGAAGGAGGUUGCGCGCAUUGUGGAGGAAGCAUCUCAGAUAAGGGAUGAGAGACUCAAUAAGGAGCAGAAAAUCUUCCUAUCGGCUAGUCUGGCCAAGAAGAGUCCAGAAUGGCUUCUCGCAGCGAGUCAAGGCGGUGGUCCGGUUAUACACAAUAUUUCCAGGACGGCUCUCGUGUCUGAAGAAGCUACAAGGCUCUUGGCUGCCAGUUACGCACUGAGCUCCCAGGCGAUCGCUCACGAACUACCGCUGGUAGACGUACGCGGAAGUCUUCUCGAGAAUGACUGUCCUAUAAAGUUUGAGCUACCCUGUCCUCCUCAUAAGUAUCGGUCUUUCAACGGUCAUUGCAACAACGUCCAAAAUCCUCAUUGGGGUGAAGCUCGUACGAGAUACGCUCGUUUCAUCGCCCCUGACUACUCUGAUGGGAUCUCGGAGCCGCGCAUGAAAUCUGUGACAGGUCAAGCACUGCCUUCGGCAAGAAACGUGUCCGUACAAAUCCACGGCGAUUCCGACCGUCCACACCCCCACGCGACGGUCAUGCUGGUCAUCAUGACGGAGUUUGUGGCGAACGACAUCUCCUACACAGCGCCUUACACAGGGCCGGAUUCGGAACGGCUCAAAUGCUGCAGCGUGGCCAUCGACGACUUCCAUCCGGAGUGCUUCCCGAUCCGGGUUCCAUUCAGAGAUCCAGUGUAUUCGAGCCGAGCCUGCUUGGAAUUCGCGAGGAGUGCGCCCGCCGUCAGAACCGGAUGCACACUGGGUCCUCGAGAACAGAUGAAUCAGGUCACUUCAUUUUUGGAUGGAUCGUCUAUAUACGGGAACUCGGAAGCGGCUUCGAGGCGUCUGCGCUCGUUCAAAGACGGCGACGUGCGAUCCAAUGAGAAUGCGGGUUUGGCUGCGAUGCAUGCGCUAUGGCUUCGAGAACAUAAUAGAAUUGCCUCGGAACUGUCCCUACUGAAUCCUCAUUGGAGCGAUCUCACGACAUUCGAAGAGACGCGACGGAUCGUCAUAGCUGAGCUGCAACACAUAGUUUUCUCGGAAGUCCUGCCUUCGCUUAUAGGAUCGGAACUCAUGGAGCGCUACAGACUAAGCCCGCAGACGUCGGGCUACUCGUCAACAUAUAACAUCAACAUGGAUCCGUCAACGACGAAUGAAGCGGCCACUGCGGUCUUCAAUUUCGUCAUGUCGAUGAUGCCUACGCACUUCGACCUGUACUCGAAUACGAUGCGCAAAACCGGUCAAAUGCAAAUGAAGGAUACAUUUUACGAGCCCGAUGUCCUUCACCACUACUUGGACGGAGUUCUCAUGGGCAUGGCGAGCCAACAGGCGCAGGAUAGUGACGAGUUCGUGUCCUCGGACAUAACAGACACGUAUCCCGCUGCGAAUCGAUCGGAGACCGGAGCGGAUUUGAUGGCUCUACUCAUACAGAGGGGUCGCGACCAUGGUCUGCCAUCGUAUCCGACGUACCGACGAUUCUGCGGUCUGCAACCGGAUAUCAGACGGCCAGGAGAUCUGGCGAAAGUCAUGUCUCCAGAAGCAGCCGAGAAACUUCUCUCGAUAUAUGAGAACGUCGACGACAUCGACUUGCUCGUGGGAGGACUCGCAGAGAAGACGCUCGGGGGAGCCGUCGUCGGACCGACCUUCGCUUGCCUACUCGCGCUGCAAUUCCAGAAGAUCAAAGACGGAGAUCGAUUCUACUACGAAAACGACCUACCGCCAUCGAAAUUUCCCAAAGAGCAACUGGAUCAAAUCCGGAAAGCCUCGCUUACCCGUGUGCUCUGCGAUAACGCCGAUCACGCUGAGAUUUUCCAGCCUAGUUUGAUCCACAUGACGGACCUCUUCUUGAACGCCCACCAGAGUUGUGAAAUGACGCCUCGGGUCGGCUUGGAGCCGUGGCGUUCGGCAGCGGGUGCCGACUUGAUAAGCGGAGACACCGUGAGGAGCCAGUUCCGGAGAGCCCGUCAAGAACUUGAGGAGCUGCGUCGAACCGAGCGACAACUUCGGCAGCAGCAAGGUGCUUCCGAUGUCGCAACUUCACAGGCAGUCUUAUCAGCGCUCCUCAGACCGACUGAAGAUGCUCUGAAAGUUUCGGACGAGUCCUUACUUUUCGAGCUUGCCUCCAAAGGCAUUGUUCUCAAAAGUCUCCGGUCAACCAUUUUCCAGCGGGACGGCGAGGAGUACAACAGCACACUCAACGAUAUCGUCGCUGCCAUGCAGCACCUAGACAUAUCCACAGAGAUCAGAGCUCAAUUGAUUGCCGGGGAAUGUGACGAGAAGAUGCUUCCGUGCGACCACACUUCGAAGUAUCGAACGAUCACCGGAUGGUGCAAUAACCUCCAAAAGCCGGAACUCGGCAAGUCCUUGACGCCAUUCGCCCGCCUAGGUCCCGCAAACUACGAAGAUGGCGUUUCCCAAUUGCGGACGCACAGUGUGAGCGGGAAUCCACUCCCAGCUCCGCGUUUAGUGUCAACGUCUAUGCACUAUGACGUGGCCGACGCUCAUCGCCGAUACUCACUUGUCGUAAUGCAGUGGGGUCAGUUUUUGGAUCAUGACAUCACUUUGACUCCGAUGGUCGAGUAUCCGGAUAAGUCCAACAUCAACUGCAAAAGGUGUGAUUCCGCUUUGACUGUGCACCACGAAUGUCGGCCGAUUUCGAUACCGCCAAAUGAUCCGCAUUUCCCCGCGAAGCAGGCGGAUGGAGCUGACAAUUGCAUCAGCUUUGUCAGGUCGCUUCCCGGACAACGCACUCUGGGACCGAGGCAGCAACUGAAUCAGGUCACCGCUUUCGUCGACGCGUCAAAUGUGUACGGAUCGAACUUAUGUGAAAUGCGGCGCCUGCGCGCAUUUGUGGGCGGUCGUCUGAACGUCACGCAGAAUAGCGCGGGCGGGAAACCCCUUCUGCCGCAAACCGCAACCCACAAGGAAUGUCGAUCUCCGUCUGGCCUCUGCUUCAUGGCCGGGGACAACCGCGCCUCGGAACAGCCGGGCUUAGCGACAAUGCACACCCUCUUCGUUCGGGCUCAUAACAGAUUCGUCGACGGCCUGAGUGGAGUCAACCCCCACUGGGACGACGAGAAGCUUUAUCAAGAAGGACGGCGAAUCGUAUCCGCGAUCAUGCAGCAAAUAACGUACGGGGAAUUCUUGCCGAGAAUUCUCGGGAAAUCUGCGAUGCUGGAGCACCACUUGGCUCUGUCUCCGAACGGCUACGCGAAGAAUUACGAUCCUCAGGUAGAUCCGACAGUCUUCAACGAAUUCAGCACGGCCGCAUUCCGGUUCGGGCAUACGCUGAUCGCCCCGUUCUUCAAACUGUUGGGCAGCGAAUACAACGAUCGCAAAGAGCCGGUCCAGCUACGGAGAAGCUUCUUCAACUCCGACAUGCUCUACAGAGCUGGGGCCAUUGAUCAGAUGCUCCGAGGUCUUGUGUCGGUCUCCAUGCAAAACUUCGACAAUGGGAUCACGGAGGAGGUCACAAAUCAUUUGUUCGAAGAGCGGAGGAAGCCUUUCUCAGGGAUGGACCUAAUCGCCCUGAAUAUCCAGAGAGCGCGAGAUCACGGACUUUCAGGGUACAAUGAAUACCGAGAGCGAUGUGGACUGAAACGAGCGCGCACUUUCUCGGACCUGUCAGAGAUCUCAGAAGCCCUCCGCAAACGACUCCAGCGGAUAUAUGCUCAUGUCGACGAUAUCGAUCUCUUCACGGGCGGCUUGGCAGAAACUUCAGGGUACGGUGCCGUGGUCGGACCGACUUUCAGCUGCAUCAUCGGCAUGCAGUUCCGACGACUCAAGGAGGGGGAUCGAUUCUUCUUCGAGACCGAUGAUGCGGCUGUCCGCUUCACGGAAGAGCAAUUGGACACGAUACGUCGUACGACCUUGUCGCGGAUCAUUUGCGACAACAGCGACGAUAUCAAGGAGAUUCAGAAACAAGCUUUCGAUCAAGUGGACGAUUAUCUGAAUCCCCGGGUCGCAUGCACGACGAUCCAGGCUUUUGACUUCUCUCGAUGGGCCGAGAAGGCAGUAUGCGACGUAAAAGGAAUAUCCAUUGGACUGGGUAAAUCUGCGAAUAUCUCGCCGUGCUACAGCUGCACCUGUACAGCCGAAGGGGCGAGAUGCACGUCGAUACGAGUCAGGAAUUGCUUCGAUCUGGUCAGAGAUAGCAGCCCUGCGGAGAUCUUAGCCGAUGAUCGGUGCCGCGUUCAAUGUUCCUUCGCCAUGGCAGUCGCGGGAAACUUCGCUCAGAGCUCACGGUCUAGAUGA